GUUGACCCCCUGCAAAUCAUUCCCUAGCUACAGGACAUUGCUCUGAAGUGUGUCCAGGUGCCCAGUGUGGUGGAGCUGCUAUGUGCCGCCUUCCUACCUGCUUGUGGGGGUUCUGCAGCUGAGUUCAUCAUCAGGGUGACCUGAGCUGUCCUGGAGCCUGGCUCCCAUUUCCUUCUGAUUCUGGCAGAUCUCUUCGUUAUGAGCUGGCUGCUGGGUUACGUGGACCCCACAGAGCCCAGCUUUGUGGCGGCUGUGAUCACCAUUGUGUUCAACCCACUCUUCUGGAAUGUGGUAGCAAGGUGGGAGCAGAGAACUCGCAAGCUGAGCAGAGCCUUCGGGUCCCCCCACCUAGCCUGCUAUUCCCUGGGCAGCUGCAUCCUGCUUUUGAACAUCCUCCGCUCCCACUGCUUCACACAGGCCAUGAUGAGCCAGCCUAAGAUGGAGGGCCUGGACAACCACACCACCUACUUCCUGGGCCUUGCAAUCCUGGGCUGGGGACUCGUGUUUGUGCUUUCCAGCUUCUAUGCACUGGGGUUCACUGGGACCUUUCUAGGUGACUACUUUGGGAUCCUCAAGGAGUCCAGAGUGACCACAUUCCCCUUCAGCGUGCUGGACAACCCCAUGUACUGGGGCAGUACAGCCAACUACCUAGGCUGGGCACUCAUGCAUGCCAGUCCCACAGGCCUGCUGUUGGCGGUGCUGGUGGCAAUCGUCUACGUGGUUGCUCUCCUAUAUGAAGAGCCUUUCACUGCUGAGAUCUACCGACGGAAAGCCACCAGGUUGCACAAAAGGAGCUGACAGGGCCAUGAAGGAUCUUUGGAAAGCUGGACUGGCCUCCCGGCUGCCCCAAGCAACAACCCUUCCCAGGGAGAGCAACACUGGCCGCUGUACCUGUGCCUUAGAAACCAGUCAUGGGGGCCUCAGGCAUUGUGCCGUGUGACUGCUGUGACCCCCAUCCCCACCAUGUCCCGACACACUAAUAAAGGCAUUGUGACCUCAGCA